UCUGUGGUCGUUCGUCGGUGCCUGCUGGCCGGAGUAGGAUAUUUUGUGUUUAAUUUUACAUUCUGUCGAUUGCGUUAAUUUAAAUAUCAUUUGUGUUUAUGCAGUUUGGGGAGCGAAAGGUUCAGAGUUGCGAAAAUUAUGAUUUGCAAUAUUGUGCCUCCACGUAGAUGUUCAAACGCUAACAAUUGUUCUCCUUUAUGAGUAGAAAUGGCGGCCGCACCGUUACCAGUCGCGCCGCCGACGACGAACACUCAAACAAGUUUGGAAAAAAUCGAGGGGUUUGUAACUGAUUCGCUUUACAAGGAGACGAUCGAAAGUGCCGUUAAUUACAACACGAGGUUAUGUCUGGAGAGACGUCUGCGGUUGCCCUUCAUAGAUACCCAAACAGGGUUGGCGCAAAACCACUGCUCCCUGUUCAUGAAUAAAAGGCAAAGGUUGCCGGGAUUGUUACCAGGCCAGAUAUAUUCUUACCCCCGGCAAAGAUGGCGCAAAAAACGAAGGCAGUACUUGACCAUAAACGCUCGCGCUUUCGCAAGGGCGGCGGACGCCAUGAUGGACGGCGAAAGCGACAUGCACAACAUAUCGCAAAUAGAGAAUCCGGCGUUGCAAGACACGGACAGCAAGGACAGUCAGUUACUGCUCAAAGACGAGGUGUCCAAAGAAUGGUUCUAUGACGAACAAGACAUGCUGGAAAUGGACACUUACGACGAACCCGAUCCCGACUCCGACCUCGAUUACGAGGAGACUUAUAGGCAAAGGAAACGCGGGAAACGGGCAUCGGGGCGGGGCCGCACAGAUUCUCCUAGCACUCCUGGUAGGAGAAAGGGCGCCGGCCGCGGCCGCGGUAAGAAAGGCGUCGGGGGGCACAGUUUCGAGCCAACUCCGGGCGAUCCUGACAAACCUUUUGCCUGCGAACUGUGCGGGGCACGUUACAAAACAAGGCCCGGACUGACUUAUCACUACGGCCACUCGCACAAAGAGGGCGCUAGCGACGAAAAUUCGCGCGACAGUAACGCGCCACUGCCGCCUGCGGCGCCCGUCCCGUCGGCCCCGUCGCCGUCGAUGGGUAUGGGCGUGCCACCGCCCCCGGGCGGACCCCUGCCCGGCGGCGGCGCCUUUCCCGGCCUGCAACCGGGCGGGCCGCCCCUCCCGGGUCCCAUGCCGCCCAUGGGACCCGCGCCGGGGCCUCCGCCGGCCGGGGGCGGGGCGCUCGACAUGAACGCCACCUCCCCUCACGCCCACCAACACGGGCCGAGCCAAGGACACGUUUACCAAGAUAGUUACGUUUCAUUUUUGAACCAGACACCCGGAACGCCGUCACGCCGAGGCAGACCCAACGGUCCGCCGGGCCAGGGGUCGCCGAUGGGGCAGCCGCCGCCGCCCCCGAUGCCCGGUAUACCUCCGCACCACCCCCAGAUGGCCAUGCCGCCGCAAAUCCCGCCGACGCUGCCUCCCAAUUUGCCCCCGAAUCAGGGGCCACCGCCCGGCCCGAUGGACGAUCCGCCCAUGCCGAUUUUGAAACCCGAACGAGCGUUGGAACCGCCGCCCCAAUCGAUCGCCCCCCACCCGCAGAUGGAGGUGUGCCCGGAGCCGCAGCCCAUGAUGGCGGCGGGCCCCGAGAAGAAGGUCGUCGCGCCCAGUCCUUACUGCGACUUUUGCCUGGGCGAUUCGACGCAGAACAAGAAGACAGGCGGCGUGGAGGAGCUGGUUUCCUGCUCGGACUGCGGCAGAUCGGGCCAUCCGACUUGCCUGCAGUUUACUGAGAACAUGAAAAUCUCCGUUAAAAAAUACCGCUGGCAGUGUAUCGAGUGCAAAUGUUGCUCGGUGUGCGGAACGUCAGACAACGACGAUCAGCUGCUCUUUUGCGACGACUGCGACCGAGGGUACCACAUGUACUGCCUCAGUCCGCCCCUGGUGAAUCCGCCGGAGGGAUCGUGGUCGUGCAAGCUUUGCAUUGAACAAUUCCACAAGUGAAAUUUCUCAUCCGGACUUCCUUUCCCUCUCUCUCUCUCUUCCUCUUCUCUCUCCGGCUCUCUUCGUGUAGCGGCACGCUGCGCCCACGAAAGCGGAGGAGACGAGCGUUAUUUUAUAUUAUUUUAAACGAUUUAGUAGUAAGUGUUAGUUUAGGGAUACGUUAGGAGCAUAAAAAAAUUCGAGUACUUAACUUCCUUCGCAUUAACUCUUCUUUAAGUGGCCUAAAAUAGUUAAUCACCCGCUUCCGUUUCGACUCGACGGUGUCCGCUACCUCAGUGACGUCACGCGAGGGGCGCGGACGAUUAAACGUCACGCAAAAGCGAUUUUUUGGCAGCUGCCCCUACGGAAUUAUGAUUAUUAUGGAUUAUGCGGAAAUUUUCGACGAAAAAGGAAAGAGCGCCCGAGGUAGAUUUGCACAGUGUGGCCAUAUUUAUUAGUACAAAUAUAGGAGAUUCUAUCGGGUGUUACAAUGUUGCCGUGUUUAUAAUAAAUUGACGUCGUGUGUCUAAGUUUCCGACCCUGCUUUUAUAGUAAGUAGUUUUGGAUGGACGUUUUAAAAGUAUUCCGGCAUUCGCGUAGUUGCCAGAUCUACUCCUUUCGAAAUUUAAAUUUCAAAAAAUUACGAUUUGAUCAUCGCGUUUCAAACUUUAGAGCUGUUGGGUUGAUGAAUGAUCAAUUUAAGGAAAGGUACAAAAAGGCUAUUUGCUUCCAUGAACUACUUGUAUGCUUUCUACAAAGGUUAGGUUUGUCAACGAGCGGACUCGGUGAUCAUCAAAUAUUGCAUUGCUCUAAUCUUUUUGACAUACUAAAACGUGUGAUCGACACACAAAAUGUAGUCGCAGCAAGCAACUAAAAUCGCAAAAAAACAAACAAAAAUUAAACUCGAUGUCAUGGCCGCUUAAAAACAGAAUCGGGUAAAUUAUGGAUUUGUUUUGUCCCAUGUAUCGAAGAGACAAAGCGGCAUCUAUAAGUGUUUCCAUUAUUUUUGUUUUGUUUUUGAACAACGAAUUGAUAUCUUUGACAUUUGAAGUUGGUUUAGCUUUUCUUGUUAUUUUUUUAAAUAAAUAUGGCAACGAUGGGCAAAUCUAAAAGUAAGAGUCCAGUAUUUUUCUUGCGUAAAUUUUUCUCUCGAAAAUUGCAGAAUAAUCCGCCAUGUUCUGGUGUCUGAUUAACAUGGCCGAACCUCGCCAUACACGGUAUAUUUUGUGAUAAACACAGUUUUUUUUUAUCAAUUAAGUACACACGACAAUAUUUUGCAUUUCCAUUCGAAUAGGUUUUCCUCGGUAAUUUUUUACCACGUUGAGUUUCUGGGAAUAUGAAUUUGGUAUUAAACACUUGAUGUUUUCAUAGCCCUAUUUUUUAUGCGCAUACCUUACCCUUUUUG